ACAGGCGCCGGGACCACUCUGUGGACAAUGCUCCGCGGACGUGGCCUCGCGCUCCGCUCGUCUCGCGCGCUCUGCGCGGUAGCGGCGCCGGCACCGGCACCGGCAGCGGCGGCGGUUGCCGCGCCAAAGGUCAGCGCACCGGCGGUGGCCGACAAGAUUGCGGAGCGGUUCCGCACGAGCAAUCGGGGCGAUCGCUGGCGGCGGCCGCCGCGCAAGUGGCUCAACCAGAUCAUCCUCGCAACGGAGGAGCGAGCCGAGGCGGACAGGCUGGUUGAGGCGUUCUCGGCGUACGUGGACGCGCAGGUCUCUAUCCGGCGGUGGCAGCAGGUCGGUCUGAUCGCCGCGCUCUGCCGCACGCGCAGCUGGGACGCCCUUCUCGAUGUGCUGCAGCGGCGGCGGCGACUUCAACUUUUCCUCGAGCAGCCAAAGCCGCUCGCGGCGGCCGUGCGCGCUCUCGCUGACGACGGAGCGUGGGAGCAGCUCGCAGCGCUGUCGCGGCUGCUGCCGUCCGUGCUGGAGCCGUUCGCCCCAGCGCCGGGCGGCGUGCAGCGGCUCGCGCUCCGCCGACUCGCGGCGGGCGCGCCCGACCCCUCGCUCGCGCUCUCGGCGCUGCAGCAAGCGGUCGAGGACCGCGCCCCGCUCAAGCCGGACGUGUUUCUCGCCGUGGGGCGCGCGCUUCUCGCCGCUGGGAGGGCUGCCGAUGCCGCCGAGGCGCUGCGCCUUGCGGAAGAGGCGGGCUCGACCGCGGUCGCGGCGGGCGGCGGGAGGAUGGUUUGCUCGCCGAAGCCGGGCCGCGCCCUCGAGCUGCUGCAGGCGGACGUGGCGGCGGCGCUUCAGACGGUCGAUGCCGAGGCAGCACCAGAGGAGGGGGAGGCGGCCGAGGAGGCGGCAGAGGCGGAGGCUGGCGAGUCCGCGACAGAGGACAAGGCGAAGGCGUAGCCCAAGCCGCUUCGUCCUCGCCCGCCAAAGCGCGUGACCCUCGACAGCAACCAUUGUUGUGGGUUUGACCGUCCCCGUCCGGCGUCCGCGGUGAAACGGGCGUUUGACGGGCCCCUCUCCCGCGUCCCGCAAGAGACACCCCCGUCGGCGGGUGUUCGCGCUGUCCGCUAAAAGCGUGACACACUAAUCACAAUGAUCUAUGUGUGGAGCGCAUGAUUGUGUCCGGUGCUCGACUGCGAGCUACAAUAAAACCGUGGG